AUGGCCGGGCGGGACGAUGUGGCCAAGACCUUUCGCAUCGCAUGGACGGACGCGGCCCCCGAGAUGGACCUCCGCGUUUGGCGGGGCGCCCACCGCGUUCCCGGGAAUCCUAACGCAGCUGGGCGCCUCGUGGCGGCACCUCCAGUGGGCAGUCCAGUGACACCCAUCUUGGCGGUGCCUGCUGCAGUGGUCCAGCACCGGGAGAUUCAGGAGUCACCUCCCAUGCUACCGGAACUCCUGGAAGCCAACGUCUCCUUCGGAGCUCUCCCACUACGGGACCCCUGUGGCGCGAACUCGCGCGAGUUCGCUGCGGGGGUGGAACCUGCGGAAGGACUGGCGCCGGUGGUGCAACUGCUGGAGCCUGCGGAGCGGGCGGGACUCGAAGAGGAGUGCGGGUUCCCCCGCGGCACAGGUGCCUCCAUCGAUGCUGCCAGGGUAGAGGUGCUGCCAGAGCCGACGCCUGCGCCAGCCCAUCCAGAAGAGAAGGAGGUUUGCAAGCUCCUUGAGGCGGUGCAAACGGCCUGCGUGGAUUUGGCCCAACGGCUGGGAACACAACGAGCCAUUUGGAAGGGUCAGGUUCCUUCCGAUUUGCAGUGGUUAGAAUCUGCCUCGGGCCACAGUGCAGCCGGACCAUGA